AACUCCAUUCAUUCAUUGAAGUGCCGGCCGGCCGGUUAGUCGUGUCACACACAUAGUAAUCGCCGAACGAAAGACAAGAUGUGUUGCGCGCGAUUUUUAACGAACUAUAUUUUCGAAUUUUAAAUAUCUACGAACGUAAUUUGACAGUUGACUGUUUGGAAUUGUGUUGUGGAUUUGUCAAAAAAGUCGUGCAUCAUAUAGAUUAUUUACAUUUUACGGUGAUUAAUUGUGAUGUUUAUGAUCAAUUACGGUGUAGUGUUUAUCAGUGAGAUGUUAUGGUGAGGCGAUGCUUGUGGGGGAGCAGUCGCCGGCACCGCGGGUGGUGGCCGGAUUAAGGAAACUCCGCCCCGAACUGACGCCAGGACCAGUACCUACACCAGCAGACCCCAAUUUCAGGAUAUCAGGGGUACUCCGUCAGUAUUAUAAUGACGACAGCGAGUCGUGGGCAUGGGUGCGCGCCGCGGUCCGCGGUGGCUGCCUGCUCGCCUGGCGCGACGGCACGCUACCCCGGCGACCAGCGGCUCGGCUACCCUUGCGCGACCUGCACCUGCGCACAGCUACCGCGCUGCCCAACGCGUUCCAGCUAUCGAGGCUCCGUGACGACAUUGCCGUUGCCACAUUUCAGACUUGCAAUGCGGCGGAAUACGCGAGAUGGGUACGCGCGCUCUGCGUCGAAAUACUUGGACAAACACCUUUACCACAGGUGCGAUUUCUGGACGUGCUGUCUGCGGCGGACACCGCCAGUCGAGAACCAAAGAAGGAGGCUCCCCAACAGGAGACGCCCGCCUGCCCGCCGCGCCCGCCGCCGAGAGCUCGUCGAAGGUUGCUAACGCCAACGGAGACGCAGCUGACGCGCCGGGACCACUCCCCCGCCGCAACGGAUGAGGGCAUCGUCGUGGAAGACGACGACUACGACUCAUCGUCCGAUCGCAGCCUCGACCUUACUCUGUCCCUGGACGCGCUCAAAACCGCUGAUGUGCUUGACGCGCCCGUGCGGAAAGCGAAGGUCAUCAAAUGCGACAGUUGUAGUAAACUGAAUGCAAGCACGCAGCAGCACCACACGCUGCCCCGCGCUGCCAGAUCUGAGUCAGAGCAAGGUCGCCGGUACUUAAAACGUUGGGAGGGAACGGCCGGAGGCGCGGAGCGGGGCCGCUACGCCAUGGAGGCCGCGAGGCGGAAGACGUCCUCGCUGGAGACGCGGGCGAGAUCCUGCUCACCGAACGCUCAUGAAGCGGUAGCCCAGUACGUGCCGGUAAAAGAACGCAGGGCCCUUUUUGAGUCUCUAUCAAAGCGAGCUGGAAGUCUCGCGAGGAGUAGUGAGCAGCUAGCGCGGCCAACGAUCGUGCCAGAGACGACGCCACGGCGGGCGGCGUCCCUACACGACUUGCAAGCGCCGCCGACGCGGUCCGUGAGCGACCUGAGGCAGUUCUUCGAGGCAGUAGCGCGGGGCGCGGGUCCUUGCGCGACGAGCAUGCUCCAGCGACACAGCGCGCCGCCGAACCACGCGCCGCGCGCCUUCGCCUCGCUCACGUGUGCUUGAUGCCUCGUCCCUCACACCUGUAUAUAAUGUACAUAAAGUGACUGUUGUAGUGUUACAUUACCGGCGUUGACCGCUAUCUCGCUAAGUCGUUCGUUUUAAGACUGUUAAAAGUAUUGUUAUAGAAGUACCUAAUAUAAAUAAAAUGAGAUGUAUUAUCAUUUA